AAAAACUAAUGAAAUGUCAAAGGCAUCAAUAGUAACAGUAUUUUAGCCACAUUAAAAAUUUAGCAAAUUUCAUCUGCCAUGGCGGCUGAAAACAGUUACGUAAUACGCAAAGGGCGAGCAUGUGAACAAACUGAGCUGGUGUCAUUCCUCGAACAAUAUUAUUUCCCUCGUGAAUCGGUCAUCAGAAUGUACUUACAGAAGAAUAGAUACAGGAUUGAUGAAAAAGAAAAAAAAAUGAUUAAAAGUGAUAUCAAAAGCACGUACUCAGUGAUAGUUGCUAAUGUGCCAUCUCUUGUAGCGGUUCACGAGGAGUCUAACAAGAUCGUUGGAGCAGUUUUGAUGCUUGUGGAAGAAAAUCCUAAAUUCGCUAAUGGAAAUUCGAGAGACAAUGCAGAUAAGAGUUGUGCUAUAAAAAUAAGCCCAGUCACAGAAAUUCCGCUGCCUUUUCAAUCAAAACUUCUCGAUGAAAUAGCAACAAAUGUCGUGACACCAGCAUACAAUUCUGUCGAUUUAUUUGCCGAAUUUCCAUUUCAUCGUACAGCUUUGAAAUUAACAUUUUUAUGCGUGGAUCCAGAACACUCUCGUCAUAAUUUGGCUACUAGACUGGUGCAGGAAGCUGUUAUCUAUGUAGAGAAUAAUGGAAUCGGAUUCAUUUAUGGACUUUGCUCGUCACCUUUUUCACGUAAAGCAACUGAAAAAAAUGGUUUUCGACAAUUCAGCAACGUGGACAUAAUGAAAUAUCGUGAUGUUGACGGCAACUUGAUGUUCGAUUGCGGGGAAUCAUAUAUGAUUUCCAUGAUGGCAAAAAAAAUCAAAAAAAUUGACUAAAAUUAUUCAUCGCUGUUAAUUUAGAUUAAGCUACAUACAUACUUGAGAAAAAUUAUAAAAAUUUAUUUUACGCGAUUUAG